UAAAUGUGUGUGCGUAAUAUUCGAUGCGCUUACACAUACAUAUGAUGAACAGAAAUUCUUAUUUUAUUCAUCAUAUGUACACAAAUUUGUAAAUCAAAACGAAACGCCGAUCCUAAUUAUUCAGUAUUUGCAGAAACAUGGAAUCAUUCAAGCAGAAUGACGGCAAUAGGGAUGAGUUAAUUAUUCAACAGCAACGCGAAAUUGAAAAGGAGAUUAGUGAUACUACUCCCUUGGUGAGCGAACAGUUGCCGCUAACUUGUUUGUGGGCAGAAUACAAUGGCGACGACAUAUUCACCGCCAAGAUCCAGGAUCUAUCCAAGAAGUAUAAGUUCAUUCGCCGCACCCGCCCCGAUGGAAAUUGUUUUUUCAGAGCCUUUGCAUACUCGUACUUGGAGUACUUGAUCUCAAAUAAUAGUGCCUACCAGGAGUUCCGAAAACUGGCCGAAGAGUCCAAGGAUAAGCUCGUUCAGCUGGGCUUUCCUAGCUUCACAUUAGAAGACUUUCAUGAAACUUUUAUGGAAGUCAUUAAGCGCGUUAGCCCCGAUAACCCCGGCGGACAUAGCAAAGUACAGAGCGAACUGCACCAAAUCUUUAAUGAGCAGGGAUAUUCCGACUAUGUAGUGGUUUACUUACGCCUAAUUACGUCGGGAAAACUUCAGGAAGAGGCCGAAUUCUACCAAAAUUUCAUAGAGGGUGACUUCACCAUCGAACAGUUUCGUAGACUGGAAGUGGAACCCAUGUACAAAGAAUCGGAUCAUAUCCACAUAAUCGCCUUGUGCACCGCCCUCGGGGCGGGGGUGCGCGUGGAGUACUUGGAUCGCGGAGAGGGCGGAACUGUAAAGGCCCACGAUUUCCCCGAGGGCACAGAGCCCAGAAUUUACCUGAUUUAUCGACCAGGCCACUAUGAUAUAUUGUAUCCAAAUUGAAUUGCUCCUUAAAAUAAUCUUAGAUCAUGGAACGAUUUAUGUACAUAAGAUGUAAAAUAAAUUACCAUUUAUUUGCAUAUAAAA